GAUGGACACUAUUUUAUGUAAUACCAACAUGGACAAACAUGGUUAAAUCAUUUCACUUAAAUAACUUCACUUCAUAAGCAAAUUUUCCUGACCUGCAAUAAGAUUUACAAGUAAAACUUAUUGCUGCACAUAUUUCUGAUUUCAGAACAGGUCAAAUGAAAUGUAAUUAAAUGUAGGAGCAUCACAUCUGUGGAAAGUAUGACCCAGGCCUUCCCUUUGUAGUCAGAACUCGGAAAUUCCAAAGACAUUACAUACAUUGAGCUACAGAGGAAAUUCUUUAAAGCUCAGACUCCAAAACUGGAAUGACGUGCUUCACAAGACCAAGACUUUCAACUGGAAUGACAUGCUUUGGAAGAUCAGGAGUCAGUUUCAUCUUUUUAAAUCUCUUUUGAAAAACCCACUUUUUAAAAAUGGCUUUUUGGUAACCCUGGUCCUGUGCUGCCCGAGGUUAUUUUAGAUAUAGAUAUAGAUAUCCUGAUACACACUUUAUAUGACCUAAAAAUAAUAUAACCAAUAUAUAACCAAUAUGACCUAAAAAAAAAAAAAGAAAGUCACAGAAAGUCACAGAAAGUCACACAAAUGAUAUAUACGUUACAAGGAACAACAACAACAGGUGCACGGUGGAGCAUAGAAUUGUGACAGUGGAUGAAAGAAUUUAAUACUAGUGAUCACAGUGGUGACUGGGUCUGCUGGGAGCACUGCUGCUUGUUGUAAAGUCUACCGUGGAAUAUAUUUGUGUUGUGCUAGUCCCUCAAAAUAUUCUUCUUUUAAAGAAAAAAAACUCUCAUAGUGAAAAUAAACUCACUUAUUCCCUCCUGGUCAAUAUUAAGGCCUGUCGUUCUGCUAAGCUUCUGCAAACCAGUUAAACUACAUCUCUGCUUGGAUUCCAUGAAGGCUCAACCACGAGCCUAAAGCUAUAACUUGCAACACUGUGAAGCCCCAAUUCUCUGGUGGGACUUCCAUUCUAACCAUUCUAGUGCAUAGAUGGUUGUGUUUCGGCUCAGACCUAGAACUGCAUUCCACCGGACGCAGAAGGAUCAUUCACACAGAAAACACUGAGAACGUCCAGAGAUGAAUAAGUCAUCACAUGCCUGAGUCAAGAGAGGAUUUACCACUAAAGCCUGGUUUUACCAACAUUUUUUUCAAGGUAGUGUUGUGAAGAUCAUUUGGCGACGUUGUGUAACAUCCCCUUGGAAAUCUUGCUGUUACGAUGAAGAUCCUACAGUGGAGACAAACCCUGCUGCCCGUUGUAUGGCUUGUACCCAUUUCUGUCAUGUUGUGGUUUCACGUACAGGACAUGUCACGACAACAGAGAGCAUUGGAGAUGCUUCAGGUGCAGAAAGAGAGAAAGGAGAUGGUAAAAUCAGCCUGCAGUGAGGAUGAAAUCCUCCAAAUCAGCUCAUUCAGUUUAAAGCACUUAAUUGUGGAUGACGAUCAUGGCCUUCUCUACUGUUAUGUUCCUAUGGUGGCUACUACCCACUGGAAAGGUUUCAUGCUUUCUUUGAAGCACGGUGAGCCAUAUGCUGACCCCACAUCCAAGGCUUUGGGAAAUGUCCAUGACAAAUCAAGGCUCAGGACAUUAGACAUGUUCCCAAAAACAGAGAUAAAGGCAAAGCUGAUGCACUACACCAAGUAUUUCUUUGUUGGGGACCCAUUCAACCGUCUCAUCUCUGCCUUUCAAAAUAAAUUUGGGCAACCCAAGGAGUUGAUCUACGCAAAGUAUGGCAAACACAUUCUGCAGCACUACAACAAUGAAUCCAAUCUACCACAGACAGCAGUGGAGGCUUUUGAAUCAGGCAAACGGGUGUCAUUCAACAACUUUAUUCAAUUCCUGUUGGACCCAAAGACAAUGCAACCCUUCGACCCCCACUGGAGGCAGAUACAACAGCUGUGCCACCCUUGCCAAAUACAGUACGAUUUCAUUGGAUUUCAGGAGACUCUGGAUGAGGAUGCUGAACAGUUGCUCAGCAUCUUAAAGCUGACAAAAGACUUUAAGUUCCCCCAUGCUUAUAAAAACAUGACUUCUUCUGACUCUGUUUUGCAGUGGUUCAGCCAAGUUCCUCUAAAGGACAGAAGGAAGCUGUUCAUGCUCUAUGAGAAAGACUUCAAGCUCUUUGGCUACAGAAGGCCUGAUGAAUUGCUUGAUGGUUGAGAUGACAUUGUGAUGAUGUCAUUGUAACUACAAAAUUAGACUCAGAAACUACAGGCUGCACCAUUCCCACAGCACAUUCACACUACAUGUUGUAUUGUGGUCACCAGAGAAAAAUAUCACCAUACACAAUUCCACAAACCACCAAGAUGUUCAUAUUGUUAAUUAUUAAAGUAUCUCUACAAGUCA